UGGGCGGGAUUAUUUAUUUUAUCCCAACAGCUGGCACCUCCAAUACAUGGACAUUUAGAGAGGCUACUGAAGACAUCACAUAUGGUGGUUACAUGAUCCCAAAGGGAUGGAAGAUUUUGUAAUGGUUCCAAUUCUUCUUCCUCAUCCAUUAGAGGGGUUUUUACUCUCUCUGUCAGGAGCAAAAGGGUUUUGGUUAGUCUUGAAGAUGAUAAGGAUCGUGGUUGGUAUGCCUGUUUCAUUGCUGCUUCCACAAGUGAUUUAGUGGGUGAGGAGAACAUGCCUUUUCCGAAAAAAUAGAAUUUUGCACGUAAGUUUUCUUUUAUAUCUUUCUUCUUUUAUGAGGGAGGAAGAUACUGACGAUCUCAUGGAUAUUUUUUCUCUUUUUAGCAACCAUGAAAGUUUUUGAUGAAAUACCGGACUUCCGUGCUUGGGUAGAGAAGUUGUUAUCGGUUGCUCCUAUGGAGAGAAGGUCUUGGAAAUACCUUUCUCAUAGGUUUGGCUGGAAAGUGAAAAUUCAUGGUAUUAUUCCCUUUAAUUUUCUUCCUUUCUUUCGUAUGUACUUGGGAAUUUCUAACUUUUUUCUCUAUUAGGAUUUCCCAUUCGAGGUGUCAAUGCCGCGUCUAUUACUUCAUCAAGGCUUUCUUUGUCUCUUGCUCAAGAAAUGAUUUUGAAUUCUUCAUCAAAGAGAAAAGCUGAGAGAGCUCAUGGCUCUGAAGGUGAAGAGGAAUGAGAAGAGGGUUCCUUGGUGCGCAGGCCUCGGGCUAAGAGGCGCGUUAUUUCGGAUGAUGAAGCCAACCCUCUCCAAAUUCAGUUCUUGUGAAUGAGCCUGAAAGUGUCAUUUUAACGAGCUCUGAUGAAGAGAUGAAUGAUGCACCUCAUGACUCUACCGAUCAAUUAUUUUUCCGUGGGUUUGAUAAUGAAGAUUUUGACCUUGUUUAUGAAGAAGCACCUCUCGCCUCCUUUCGAGUGCCUGCUCCUAUUGGUUCUCAAGUUUUUUCUCCUGUCGUUGCUACUACUACUCCUCCCGUGGAUGUUUUCACUUCCUCAACUAUCCCUAUUGCUAACACUUCUCGUGUUGAAAUUGGUUCUUCUAGUAGCAAUAGGAUGAUGAAAAUAGUUACCAUUGAAGUCCCCGAGGACGGUAAUCUUUUGAAAACGUCUGGUCAAGCCGAUAUAUGGCUAAACCCUCUAAUUGGCCUAGUUCAGAAGUCUAAGUUGGAAAGCCACAGUUCUUUAAGAUGGAUGAAUGAUGUUGUUCAUUCAUCUUUGAAGAUCAACUUGACAGGCACAGAGCUUAUGAAGAGAAUUGUCAAUACUGAGCAGUUGGUCAACGAUUAUCGUAAGGAAGCAGACAACUGGAGGGAACAGUAAGAGAGUCUUCAGUUGGAAAAAGAAGUUUUAGAUGGGGAGAAGUUUGCUUCGCAACAACAAGUAGCAAGUGAUGGCAGCAUAAUUGGCAAUUGAAAAAGCCUCUUCCAGUCAAGUGGGCAAGGACAAAGACAUUCUUGAGUCUUCCUUUGCAGAGCAGCUUUCUAAAGCUACCGAAGAAAUUAGGAGUUUGAAAUAAGUGCUUAAUCAGAAAGAGUUUUAUGCCGGAGAGCUUGGUCAAACGCUCACUCAGGCUCAAGAAGACCUCCGUACAUGUUCAGACAAGGUCCAGUUCUUGGAGAAAACAUUCGCUCCUUUGAAGGCUUCUUAUGAUGCUUCUUUGACUAAAAGAGAAGAGUUUGAGGCUAAAAUUGAGCAAUGGGAGAAAGAUUACGAGGCCCUUGAAGAUAAAUCACCUCUUGAUGUAAGCUGGGCUUUUUUGAAUAUGCGCCUCGAAACUUUGAUGGAGGCUAGCCAGAAAGGUUUUGACUUGACUGCUGAGAUUGCAAAAGCUAAGAAAAUUAUUGAAUAAACUCAGCAACGUCAGAACUUUUCCUCCUAUGAGGUCGGCAUUCCCGAAGGUGAUUAACUUACUCCUGGUGAAGUUGAUGUUCAAGUCUCUUCUACUCAAGUUGUAUCAUCUCCCGUUGCUGAUGAUGCCUUGCUGAAUUCUGCUUCUCUUGUUGCUGAUAGUACUGCUUUAGAUCCUGCCCCAUAGUGUUCUGUGCACUUUUGUUGGGAAGUUUGUUACUUUUUUUUACUUUUGGAAUAGUUGGCAAGUUUUUACCCCUGGUCUGUUCUUGGGUUUGUUAUCAAAAUUCAUUGGUUUUAACUAAGUCUAUACUUAGUUUUAGCCAGGUUCAAUAUAUAAUAUUUCGUUUGAGUUUCUGUUC